AUGAUAUAAAAAAAAAUUGUAAUCAAACUUGCUAUUAAACAUAAUCCACCAAGUCUAUUCGUUAUAUACAGAUACAAUUUAAGAGAUAAAAAACUUAGAAGGUCUGUCAAUUUGAUUAACUUAGAUAUCGAAUUGAGUUGAAUUCCUUGGUUUAUUUACCAAAUCCAGAUUCUAUUACUUAGCAAUUAUAUCAUGAACAUUAUGAUUAUUUAAAUGAUGAUAAUGUUGAAUAUGAAUAAGUAUUAAGAAUGGUUUAAAUGUUACAUGAACAUCAAUAAUAAAAAAGUGGAACAAGAAGAUCAGUCAUCAAAAAUCUUGAUUAAGUAGAAUCUUAUAUAGAGAGUGAUUAAGAUGAAUUAAAUAAAAGCAUUAUGAUGGAAUAAGAUGAUAAUUGGUAAACUCCUCCUAAUAGAAGAACAGGUAAUCUUAAAUCAAUUUUAUUAUAGAAACUAUCUAUCCAAAAGACAAUAGUAAAUUUAAACAAAUCCCUUCCAGUGAAAGUAUGAACUUGAGUAUCAGUGGAAUGUAGAGUUUUAUGCAAGGAUAAUAAAAAAAAAAUAAUAAUCUUAUCUAUUUACCAAUCAAUAACUUUGAUGAUUAAGUUUCCAAAAAUAGAAGAUUUGUAGAGGAUCAAAUUCAAUAAAACUAAUAAAGUUAUUUUAAGAAUAAAUUUAUCGAGUUGCCAUAGCCUUUACUAAACAGAAAUAAUUAAAGAAUCAAUAAUUAUUAUUGA